GUGUCACAUAACCUUAAAUUUUUGCUUUGGUUUUGUUUUUUACAAACAGUGAGUUUUAGCAUCUUUUUUAUUAAAAAAAAAGUACAAAAUCUUGUGAAAAAUGACUGAUAUUGCUGAAAAUAGUAGUGAUUCAAGUGAACCUAUGAAUAUGAAUGGAGAAAAGAAUGAAGAUUCGCCACAUGAGGGGGAAAAAGUUAAUCUGACACCUGAAGCCAAACGAAUCCCGGAGUCUUCAGAUGAUGAGAAUUCUGACGAUUGUAUUGGAUUCUCAAGGAUCAAAAAGCGCGUACAAAUAUUAAGCGACAAAUCAGAUGAUGAUGACACGAAUGGAGCUAUCCCUACAUCAACUCCCGAUGAUCAGGAAGCAAUCGAAGGAAUGCCCGGAAAAAUUUUGGGUGAAUCAAAAAUUGUUGCUUCGUCAGCUUCUGAGACUGAAGACGUGGUUGGUGAAGUCAGUAUAAUUGGACAAUCAGAAAGGUAUAACAAUCUUAAAGUCCUAUGUGAUGAGGAUUCAAGUGCGGAAGAAUACAAUGAGGAAGAGAAGGAAAUCAACGUGGUGGACUUGAAGGAAAAUGAACGUCCUCGAAAGCAGAAGAAGACAAAAAGUAAAAAGCGCAGCAAGACGGAAGUUGUUGAGGAAAGUGCGAGCUCCGAAGAAUCUGAAGAUGAAGAAAAUGAACUUCCGAAAAAUGCCAAAAAGAAGAGAAAUGUGAAAAAGGUGGAAAAGCCCAGGAAACUGACAAAACAUGAAAAGGAGAAGGAGUUGGCAGAGAGAAAUGAGGUGUACAGUAUGAUACAAAAAAAUGCCCGAGAGGAAGUCAUUGAAGUGCCUUACCACAAACCAGAGCAGUAUGAUAUAAAGGAGUUUCUCAGUCGCUUGCAAAAAAGCAAAAUUGAUUUACCCACGGACAAGAAGCUUGCCAAGAAAACCGGAAAGUUGCGUGCCUUGAAGACUGACAAGAAAAUGACUUUGGAAAAUGAGAAACUCAAUCAUUUGCAAAAGGAAUCUUUAGCAGAGACAAACUUCAUUGCUGAUGAGGAAAAGAAUCCAAAAAUUGAUUCGACAGCAGAGAAAGAUCCUGAAUCUCAUUUUGAGUGUCCGGAUGAAAUAGACAUACUCGUUUCUGGCCCAUCUGAUGAAAAAACAAAUACUCCCCAAGCUCAGAAUGAUGAAAGCUCAGCAAAAAGAUUGAUUCUCAGAGGAGAUCCAGGUUCUUUGAUAGACCUGGAAUCUGGUCUAGUGCAUCAGAAGCCAAAAUCGAAGGAAAUUAGUCUAAUUGAAAAAUGCAUUUUGCAGAAUGCGAAAACUUCAGCAGCAACGGUGGAUAAUAUAAAAAUUGAGCAUUCUCCUGGAAUUGCAUAUAAAAUCCUCAAAGAAAGCCUCGAACAGGAAUUGUUGCAGAAAAAGAGGGAGCAAAUACAGAGAUAUCUCGAAAGUCAAGAACGAGAGAAAUUCGCUAAGAUAGCUAAUGAGAUAGAUGAUGAAAAAGAAUUUGCUGACAGUGAUGGUGAAAAUGAGGAAGAAAAUGAAGAAGUUGAUAAAGAAUCAGAAGAAAAUGAAGAAGUUGGUAAAGAAUCAGAAGAAGAUAAAGAACCAGAAAACCAAGACAAUGCAGAAGAAAUUGUUCCAGAUGAGGCUGAGCAUGAGGAGGACAAUAAUUGCGAUGUUGACGAAAUAAUUGCUGAAGAAAAUGAAGCUGAAGAUGAAGAUUCGGAUGGAGAAAACGAAUUGUCCGAAGGGAAGAAAAAAUAUCGCAAGAGAAUCGUAAGCAUGAAUGACGAAGAAUCUGAAGAUGAGGAGAAGGAUUGUGAAGUGCCUAUCCCUGAUAGUGUAGUACAUCUGCCGGACAUUGUCCAGGACACCUCAAUAACGGAGAGUCAAAUGGAAAAGGACGAAAUGGAGCUGUUUAAUCUGUGUACCGGAAAUUUCAAUACACAGCCUGUAAACCCGACAGAAAUGACUGAAAAUAAGCAAGAUGAUGACCGUCGAGGAUCUCAAGAAAAUACGCAAAAUGACGUUCCGACUGUACCAGACUUUGAGUCGUCAGAUGAAGAAAAUAUCGCUAAAAGUUCCAAGAAUGUAAAGAAAAAAAUUCCUCGUGUUUAUCUGUCUGAUGAGGAAGAGCAAAAUGAGGAAAACUCCGACGAAAUCACUGACAAAGACAGUAAUAAUGAUGAAAAUGAGGAAAACUCAGAAAUUCCCGAACUAUCUGAGCAGGAGGAGGACAAAGAUGUAGGCCAAGAACUUGAAUAUGAUUCUGAAGAGAAUGAAGUUGAUCUUCCGGCAAAACCCAAAAUAAAAAUUACCGACUUUGUGGAGAAUGAAGCAGAGCUGUCUGAGUCUGAGUGGGGCAGUGCCGACGAAGACGAAAAGGAUCUCGAUAAAUUGGAGAUUGAGCUUGGGGAUGAGGAUCAAUUUGAUCAAGAGCAGUUGCAAUCUGAAUUGGAGCGUAUUCAUAUGAAGAAACUUCUCGAUCAGGAUGCUCGGGAAGUGAAGAUGGUGAAAAAUUUGGUAUUGCAUGAAGAAGAACGUGAAGGAAUGAUACGUGAGAGGACAUUUCGGUGGCUCCAUGUGGACAAUGACUUCAAUCUUAACAGCGAUAAGGCUCAAGAGAACGGACACGACGAUACUCGUCAGAGUGAUGAGGAAAAUGAAGAAGAAUGGCGGAAAAUUAGGCAUGAACGUGAUGUAGUGCUGAAAGAUAAGCUUUCAGAGGAACUCUCUGAGAUGUUUGAGAUGAAAAACGUUACGAUUCUCAAGCCAACAAUCCCAGAAGAUCCGAGAGAAGUUAAGGCACCAACUUUCUUGGUUCCCGAAAUGGAGAAUCACAACAGGAAGUCACUUCUGCUUCAGGAUGAUGAAUACCUGGCUCGACUUGCAAAUAUAGCGUCUAAAACAUCCGACGUCCUCGUCAAUGGAGCCACAGAAAAGGGCAGCUUUGUUUUUCGUCAAAUGGCUAAGCAAGAAGAUUCAGAUCAGUCCGUGAAAAAACGCAAAUUAGAAAAUCCCGUGGCACCAAUCAGGGGUAAGAAACGGAAGAAGACGUCCAUCUAUGGAUAGAAUCGCCUAUUAGCAGGAUUCAAAGUUUCCAGCAAGAG